AUGUGUGGGACUUGCGUUCCUGGUUUCUCUUUCAAGAUGACACCUUGGCACUCCAUCUAUGCGUCAGCCUCAGACAUUGGAAAAGACUCUAGCACAAGCCAGUCUUUUACUAAGGGGAGCGUUUCCGAAGACGACGUUUUCUCGAGCAACGAGUCCUUCCUGCCCCAUGGCCAUGGUAAUGAACGUCGAACCGAGACUGAGGUCGGUCUUGUUGUCCGAAAUCCUCCUUACGUCGACCCGCAAGUCAUCUACUCUCCAAAAGCCUGCGUUUUUAUUGCCAAUUUGUCCAAGUUUGUUGACGACGCGACCUUGAAGGCCGAGGUCACCAAGCUCUUCAGCGAGUAUGGAGAAUGCUUUACCAAGAUCAAGCGAGAUCACAAAAACACCCCUAUCGCAUUCUGCCAGUUCACACAAAUCGCCCACGCAAACAUGGCUCAUAUACACGGUCACGGACGUAUCAUUAUUGAUCGCGGUUGUAGAGUUGAGAUGGUCAGGGGAAACCUGACCUUUCUCGUCUGGAAGCGCUCCGGAGAGCGCACCUUGCUGAAGGAAGCCAAUUCUCUACUGGAACCCUACGGUGCGAUUUCUAAGGUGGAGAAUCUGGAGAAGGAGGUCCAAGACCUCUACUUUCUCCCGCUCUCGGUGAUUGUCGAGUACGAGAUGUUCGACGCUCGCCGGGAUGUUCUCGGAUCCAUGAAAGGCCACCCUGUGUUUAUGGUGAAUUUGCUUUCAACUGUGCUCUCGACACGCCCUCCUAGCAAAGAACAACACAAAUUGGAGAUGGAAGAUCAAGCAGAGUUGGAGCAAUACUACAAGGAUUCUCGGUCCAUCUACGUUGGAAACUUGCCUCCUUGCGCCAACGAGGAUCUUGUUCGCCUCAUCACCACCCCCUGUGGCGUAGUGUUGAGCAUCCAGAUGAAGCAGGUUACUUCCACCAGCGGGGCCGUCUUCCGCCAUGCUUUUGUCGAGUUCGACAAUACUGAAUCCCCCAACAUGGCUGUGCAGUAUUGCCACGGCCGAGUGGUCGAAGGGUACCCAAUCAGGGUUCAGAACAAAAAGCGCAAACUCCCAAACACUCCUCAGCGAACUCCCUCUGGAGCCACGACUCCCGCUAGCUCCUUGCAUCAGCACGGAAGAUCUUUUCAUCGCAGUGCAUCGUCCAACUCCAGCUUUCCUCGCCACCCUCGCCACCAUCGCCAGCAAUCGGUUGUCGAUCCUUGGUUGACGUCGUCGAGAGCCAUGACUCUUCGAGCUCCGACUGGCCCGUCUGCGGGAACCAGGUAUCUUACGAAUGCACCCUCGCAAGUCACUUCUCAGCCUCUAGCGGGUGGCCAUACUCACGUUGAGCAACCUGUCACUCGGGCCUUGCCCCAGAUCGAUGGCCCUCAGGCUCACCCCCAGCCGGCCGUCACUCAAGACUGUUCUGAGCAAGUCGCUGCUCAAGCCUGCCCUCAGCCAGCUGAUACUCAAGCCCACUCUGAGCGAGAGCGAGUUGCUACUCAGACCCGCUCCGAGCCAGUCGUGCCUGAAGCCCACACUCAGCCAGCCGAUUCACAGGCGUCUCGCCCCGCUGCUAUCCGAGGGUAUCCUCAACCUUCAGCUACUCGAUCAUUCUCCUCCGUCGCUGAACUGGCUGCCGAUCGUGCCGAGCAAGCUGCUGAGCGUGCCGAAAACAUGAAACUCCGUCGCGCGACUUCUUUGAACAUCCUGGAUACCCACCCAGAGGCAUCGGAGGAUGGUUCGCUGUCUCCUGGCAACGGUGACGAGUCUUCCGAUGACUAUUCUACCUCGCCUGAGAAGCCCGCCGAGACCUUCGAGAAUGAGGCCAAGAGUUCCGGGAAUGUGACCGAGCGGGGUACCAAGACUGUCAACAGCGAAGCCAUCGUCACUGAAAACGGCUCGCAGCCCGUCUUUGAUCCCACAUCGCUGGUUGUCGCCCACCCACCCCAGCAGUUCAUGCAGAUGGGGCAGCAAUCCCAGCCCUUCGUCAACCCCGGCUACACCAACGCUGAUAUGCAAAUGCAAUCCUACAUGCCGCCUCCCAUGGUGCACCAGAACAUGCCGAAUGGUAUGGCCCACAUGAACAACAACCAGGGAGUCCAGGGACACAUGAACAACAACCAGGGAUACAUGAACAACAACCAGGGACACAUGAGCCUCACUCAAGGACACAUGAACAACAACCAGGGAGACAUCAACCACACUCAGGGACCCAUGAACAACACUCAGGCACACAUGUACAAUGCCAUGGCAAACAUGCACAACGCCCAGGCUCCCAUGUACAAUGCUCAAGGACAAAUGCUUAAUGCUAUGCCGCAGCAGAUGCACACACAGCCAAACACCUUCUUUCCGCCACAGGGUAUGACCAAUGCGAUGCCACCUAUGCAUCAACAGGCGAACCCUUAUCCGGUCCAGCAAUACCCACCCCAGGGUAUGCAGAUGCCCAAUGCCAUGGCACAGGGUAUGGCACCAAACAUGUCUUUCGGGUAUCCCCAGAACCAAUUCCAGCAGCACGCGCCUUUGCAGUCGGCUCAUCACCAGCUGCCUCCUUAUCCCCAGUCGAUCCAGUAUCAGACUCCUCACCAGGGCUUCACCCACAACGCCCUCGGGGGGCAGAUGCACCACUCGACCGUCCCAAGCAUUCCACUUGAGACACCAACUGCCGGGCCAAUGCCUGGGCAGAUCCAGGGUCAAGGCCAGAGCGGCACUCAGCAGCAGGCGGCUACCGUCGCCAAGGAAGCCAACUGA